AGUACAGCAACAACUAAGGAACAGUUGAUAUUUGGGUUUUUAACAAUAACCCAGAAAAUAAAACAAUGAAGAUUGGUUUCUGCCUUGGAUUUCUGAGGAGCAGCAACCUCCUCCCCUGCCAGAGACCGUGCAGCACUUGGAGAGCCAGCUGGCAAAGAGGACUAAGAGCAACGUAUUUAAAUAAAACCUCCAAACCAUGUGUUUCAGAGCAAACCAGCGUAACAUCCAGGGCUUGGCAGCUUUGUAGCUUUCCUGGACACGGUCAGCCCCUUGCAUCAACAAGCCCGCAUCCAUGCAGGAACUUUAUUCAAAUUAGCCCUGGCAGAUCCCAAGGACAGAGCCUAACAUGGCCAAAACAGAUGCAAUUUCAUACGGUCCUUGGAAAAAGUUCAUGCCCUCCUGUGUUGCCCAUCUCCGCUGGACAGUCACCAGCAGUUCAGCAAUGCAGCAGGUCCUUCCACACCUCUGGCCCUGCUAGGGCCCUGCCUGCACCACUCAUAUGGAUGGUCCUGAAACCUCUCCAGAAACUGGCUGCGAUAAUACUAGGAAGGAGUAUCCGUAAAUGGUGGAAAUCCCUCCCUCCUAACCGUCGGGAGCUGUUCCGGCAGAGCCUGUGGAGAAGCAGGUGGAGGAUCUGUGCGGGGGUGUGCGGGCUGGCUGUGGUGUUCGCAGUCUUCUUCUGUACUCACCUGGACGAGGCUCCCAUAACGGGCCGCAGCCGACUGCUGGUGUUCAGCAGCGAGCAUUUCAAAGAGCUGUCCUCAUUCACAGCUGAAGGGUACUUGGAAGAGUUCAAGGACACGAUGGUCCCGCUGCACGACCCCCGGCACAGGGCAGUGGAGAUGGUGGUGAGGCACCUGGUGGAGCGGAACCAGGACGUCCCAGAGGUGUCCCAGAUCCCCUGGACUGUCCGGGUGGUGGAGAGCUCCGAUAUCAACGCCUUUGUUCUCGCGAACGGGCAGGUUUUUGUGUUCACUGGAAUGCUAGAAGCAGUAACAGAUGUUCACCAGCUCUCGUUCAUUCUCGGGCAUGAAAUGGCACAUGCGAUAAUAGGACAUACGGCAGAGCAGGCCAGUCUGGUGCACUUUGUGGAUUUCCUGUCUCUAAUCCUCCUGACAGCAAUCUGGGCUAUUUGUCCUCGUGACAGCCUCGCAAUCGUGGGACAGUGGAUUCAAAGCAAAUUAUCCCAGUUCAUGUUUGACCGGCCCUACAGCAGAAAGCUGGAGGCAGAAGCUGACAAGGUUGGACUGCAGAUGGCUGCAAAGGCGUGUGCUGAUGUCAGGGCCGGGCCUGUGUUCUGGCAGCAGAUGAUGGUAACAGAGACGCUGACAGGGGAGCCCAGAGUGCCGGAGUGGCUUUCAACUCACCCCUCUCAUGAGAACCGUGCAGAGCAGCUGGACCGACUAAUACCCGAGGCUCUGAAACUCCGGGAAAGCUGUAAUUGCCCCACUCUGCCUGCGGAAGACCCCCGUUCUGUGUUCCUGCAGAGCGUCAAGCUCCUGUUGCAACAGAUCCCAGUGGAAGAGAAGGAGGGGGAGCCCAAGAACAGCAGUGACCCCCCUAAGAUCGAGAGUCACCCUGUUCUGCUGCCCAUCCGCCUGGGGAAAGAGAAAGUGUUUGCAGUGAACACGCUGCAGGAACCGCUGAGCAUCUCUCCUCAGAGAUAGGGGGCAGCUUGUUAGCCCUCGACGGGAGGGGAACUUUGGGAGCUCAAAGAGAAGUCAGACUCAAAAGAUGGGAAACUCGGCAAUUGAGAAAUAGGGAAAACACACAGGGUAUGAAUCGGGUGUAACCCGGGCUUGAAACGAUGGAGAAUUGUUGCUCAUAAUUAACCCCUUGGGAUACUGGGUUGUCAUUAAUUAUAUUUUGUGCAGUGAAUGGAAUUACCAGCGCAUUCAAAAAGAAUAUAUAUAUAGAUCUAUAUUCAUUAUUGGGUACACUGGGAUUAUUUGACUGUGUAACCAUAUUAAAAAAGUGCUAUUUUAUUUUAUUCUGUAUGUGUUUUUGUUUAAAGGAAAUACAUUUAUUACAAAUUGAAUAAUAUUUCAUCAAGAUACGCACACACACAGCUACAGGAACAUAAUUACAUUGCAGGGAAACUAGUCAAAAUGCAUGUAUUUUUUAAAUGAAACAAGCUGCUUGUAUCAUAUGACUUGUGUAACUCUCCACAUUUGAAAUAAUAUUUUGUAAUCCGUGUCAGCAGGCAAACCCUUUCUCAUUUAAAAAAAAAAAAAAAAAAAGAAAUUUAGCUUGUUUGCAGUGUGGAGGUUGGUUUUCAUAAUACCUGUUGCUGUGUUGUUAAAUCAGUUGAUGCCUGUUUAUUCAUUCUUCCUUCAUUUUGCUGAAUAUUCAGACUCCUUGAAGGUAAUGUAUGUUUGUUUAAAUGCGCUAUAGGCAGUUUAAGCUGUAGGGGGAAUUAUAUUUGUUACUGUGUCACUUGGCAAAUUAAAAAUGUGAACUUACAUUGUUACCUUUAGCAGCUAGAGGUUAUGAAAUUGUAUAGAGCGAUGAAUCUAGAAGUGGCUUUGAAUCCUAACUUGUUGAAAGUAGAUUGUAGGAAAAUCGCUGACCUUGAAAAAAAAUAAAAAUAGCCUAUGUUUAUUUCAGGCUAUAAAGUGAAACGGGAAUAAAAAUGUGUUUUUGGGUCAGUUGAUGGUAGGCAUUGCGAUCCCUCCUCGCUCUGGUGAGUAGAAACACAUUGCCCUCACUGUCAGCAAGGGAGAAGAAUGUGCUUCUGACUGCACCAGCACCAUGGCUAGGGCUGUGUGACUGUCAGUGGAGCAUUUAUUCAGUAUAGCAAAGACACCAGAAUAGUAAGCUUAUAGCUGUUUAAAAAUCAAUCAAUCAAUCAAUAACGUUUUUACUUUGAGGAGAUGCAACAAUAGCUUUGUGUGGAUAAUCAAUAUCAGUGAUUCCACAGCAAUGCUUUCUGCACUGGAACCUGAAUUGACAGAUAUUUUGCUCUCCUCAGAAAAUCAGCCAUACCCAGCUUGAUUGGUUAGUACAGCAGGUGGUUGGUGCUGGUUCUCCUCAUUUAAAUACAUCUUAAUAAAACU